AUGGAGGCUCCCUGGAGGUGGCUGGCGGUCUGCAUGCUGGCCGUGUCCCUGGCCUCCACGGUGACCCAGGAGGUGUGCCGAGCACGGGAUGGGAAGGAUGGCACUGCAGGGACACCCGGCAGACCUGGGCGGCCAGGACUCAAGGGAGAGCGAGGGGAGCCGGGGGCCCCCAGCAUCCGGACGGGCAUCCGAGGCCUUAAAGGAGACCAGGGGGCACCGGGGCCCACCGGCAGCCCCGGCAAGGUGGGCUACCCAGGGCCCAGCGGCCCCCUGGGGCUGAAUGGCCCCCCGGGAGUGAAAGGCCACAAGGGCAACCCGGGGAACAUCAGGGACCAGGCACGGCCGGCCUUCUCGGCCGUCCUGCGGAACCCGCCCACAGGUGGGAACGUGGUCAUCUUCGACACGGUCAUCACCAACCAGGAGGGCGCCUACCAGACCAACUCCGGCAUGUUCGUGUGCGCCGUGGCCGGCUACUACUACUUCACCUUCCAGGUGGUGUCCAAGUGGGACAUCUGUCUGUCCAUCGUGUCCUCCUCGCGGAGCCAGGCCCGGCGCUCCCUGGGCUUCUGCGACUACAACAGCAAGGGGGUCUUCCAGGUGGUGUCGGGGGGCUCGGUGCUCCAGCUGCAGCACGGCGACCAGGUGUGGAUCGAGAAGGACCCCGCCAGGGGCCGCAUCUACCAGGGCGCGGAGGCCGACAGCGUCUUCAGUGGCUUCCUGAUCUUCCCCUCGGUCUGAGCCGGCCGGGUCCUCCCGGCCUCCGAGUCUCACCAGUGACCCUGGACUUCCCCCUCCCCCUCCACAGCUUCUUGCUCUGCUCUGUGAAAUGGGACUGCUGCUGCUUGAGCUGCCUGAGAGAGGGCCCGGGAUGGGCUGCCCUGCCACCCGUGCUCAGGGGGUCGUGCCUCGGGACUCCCCUGGGAAUAAACCUCUGAGCUGUGUCUGCUGGG